AUGCCGGAUGAGGGUGCGGAUGCGUUGCUAGAAGCUGAACGCGCGAUGUGCACGCAUUGUAACCAUGGCGAAUUGAUCCGGUAUUUGAAGAUACAUGCGUUCUGGCCGCCCAUCGUCCAGUCUAGCACCAUCACAUCGUCUGUCGAUGAGGCAAGACUAAGCUACAUCCAGCUCAUUAUGAUCUUCGAAAAACUUAGCAGCAUCCCCGCCAUCAGCUACCGCCACAUGCGCACCAUCUACCCCCAGACUCCCGACGCCGAGCCAGCCAACCCAUCCGGCAAUGCCCACGCCAUCUGUGAUGUUGGCAAGCAGCUCACUGCUAUGAUCACUGACGUGCUGGAUAAGCUGGAAAUGCCGAUCUCAGAUUCGACGAUCAAGAUCAUCAGGGAGAACGCGGAGAAGGCAGGAUUGAAGAAUGAGGCCGCGAAUCCGCAUUGUUUCCCGCCGGAGGAGCCGCUCGAUGAAGUGAGCGCGGCUGUGCGAUAA